AUGCCCCAUGGCCAGCCGCCUAUCCCGGCCCCGAGAAGGCAGCAUGAUAUCCCCUACGUGUCAGGCCCUCCCAACAUUCGGCCCACCCCCGGCUAUAUGGGCUAUCACCAACCCCAUGCCCACACGAAUGGCCCACCAGCUGCUCUUUAUCCAGCACAUACACAACAGUAUCAGCAUUGGUACCCCUACCAACAAGUCCCCCCGCUAGCUCCUCCACCGCAACAGUUUCAGCCAAAUGCACCUCUAAUUGUUUCGUCGUAUCCCCGUUCGCAGCCCGUUCUACCGGCUCUUUCGGGGUCGCUUUCGGGACCAACGCCACCUUCACAUUUACCCACACAAUCCAGCACCACAUCCUCAACUCCCUUACAGUCUUCAUUCUCUUCCACACCAACACCACCUUCAGCUUCAAGUUCAGCCGUGCCGAAUAGUCAAAGGAACUUAUCCGUCAGCCCUGUUGCGAAAUCUCAACCCACUCAACCCGCAGACUCCAAUUACACCAAGCGCAACAGCAAUACCCCUGCGCCUCAGACGCCUCCUUCUCAGCCAGUAAAUGCUCCUGAGAGAACGAAAACUGCAACUCCACUGUCAAGACAACUAUUCCAACCACCAGUAUGUACCAUUCCCAUGACUGAAUUUAAAAUGUCUAGGUGUCGAAAGCUUACAACGAUUUCUCUUAAGCUCCCUUGGCUGUCGGUUCCCGAAGCGCCCUUCCCUGCGAGGGCUCCCCGUCGUCGGCGGAAAGCUCGAACUCUGCAAGCUUCCACAGUACGAGUAGAGUUUUCUACAAAAGCCGAUCCAUCUGAUGUCAAAGUCCAAGAAUCCACAUCCGUUGAAGGUCCGUCGAAGACCGCACCAGAGUCAGAAAAGGACGGCCCUGCAACCCCCCAGCCUUCCUCAGAAUCUAAUCUCAUCCAACCCACAACUCCUUCAUCUACCACUGCCUCUCAAACCGGAACCAAACCGCAACAUACUCCAGCGCAAGCUGCCGGUGCGCGGCAGGCUAUUCCAAUUGUUCCUAUCGUGCCAAUAAUUCCUUCCAGCCCCAGCACAACAAAACAACCACCCACCAGCCCUGCGAAGACCACCCCAACGACCCCGAAACGCGAUGGGCAAGUUCCGCUUAGACCCACCCCAGAUGGGACGCAGACAACGGAUACUGCACCUUCGUCAACGGAGUCCGCUAUCCCAACGCAGGACGCGCCUAAACCCACACCUCCAAUUCGAGCUCCCCCAAAAUCGUGGGCUGAUUUAGUACGAACCAAGGCGCCUCCAUCUGCUGGUGGCGCUUCACCCACGUCGACUGGGAUCGGUGAACUAGGGGUAUCUAAGGGCGAAUCUCUUCUUGAUGUUAUUAACCAUUUAAGCUCCAAUGCUGAACAAUACGGUGACAAAAUCGCAUUUAUUGAGCCGCGCGGGCUUGUAAAUACUGGCAAUAUGUGUUAUAUGAAUUCCGUGCUUCAAAUUCUGGUAUUUUGUGUUCCUUUCUAUGAGUUUCUUGACAAAAUCGGUCGGCGUGCGGUUCAUACGUUUAAGAGCGAUCUUCCACUAAUUGAUGCUAUGAUCAUGUUUAUGCGAGAAUUUCGGGUAAUUGAUGCUGCGACCUCAGUUGAGCAACUGAGGCUCCGAUUGAAGCAAAACGAAUUAGAGCAAUAUGGCGAGUCAUUCAUUCCAGAAUAUGUUUAUCAAGUCAUUAGACAUCUUCCGCGAUUUCGAGACAUGAGGCGUGGUCACCAACAAGAUGCACAAGAGUUUCUUGGCUUCCUUCUUGAAGAGCUCCAUGACGAGUGUACGCAGGCAGCUAAACAAGUUUCAUCUACUGGAUCCGACAUUUCUACUCCUGUUGAAACCGAUUCCGCAUCCGCAGCAUCCGAACUCUCUGUGGAAGGAUGGUUGGAAGUCGGCCACAAACAGAGACCCGCAAUCACUCGAUCCUCAGGACACAUCUCUGUAGAAUCGCCAAUCACCAAAAUAUUCGGCGGCAAACUUAGAUCAGAGUUUAGAGUGCCAGGAAACAAAAACUCCGUUACCCUUGAACCUUACCAGUCCCUUCAACUUGACAUUGGCUCUCCCCAGGUUAUUAAUAUCAUUGAUGCGCUUAAAGGUCUCACUAAGCCAGAGACCAUCCAAGGCGACUUCAACUCAUCUCGUGGCCCUAAAGUUACGGCUACCAAGCAAGUUUUCAUCGAAAACUUGCCCCCCGUCCUCAUUCUCCAUCUGAAACGUUUCCAAUAUGAUAACGUUACCAAGGGUACCCAAAAGAUCUGGAAGAAGGUUGGGUAUCCCCUGGAACUGGAGCUUCCCAAAGAAGUUUUCCCACCCCAUCGACGCAACAUCAUUUCUGCUCAGGGUAGCGGUCUUCCCAAAUACCGUCUUACGGGAGUGAUUUACCACCACGGCAAAAAUGCGAGCGGCGGCCACUACACAGUUGAUGUUCGCAGGCAAGAUGGUCGCGAAUGGAUCCGCCUCGAUGACACCUCUAUCCACCGUGUCAGGAGUGAAGAAGUCGCGAAUGCUGGAAGCGAGGAGGACCCCAAGGUUCUUGCUGCUGCCCUUGAGCAGCAUAGGCUGGCAGAUAAACCAGCGCAAGGCAAUAUCUUCGAACAAUUCGAUAUGGAGCACCUGGCGCAGCAGGAAAACGAACAGGGAUGGAGCCAUGUCAACGGGCAAACAAGCGGCAGUGGUAGUGGCCAUGCAAGCAAGAAGUCCAUGGCUGCUGUUGUCAAUGGAACCACGUCGCCGUCGGCAGAGUCUUCGUCUGGCAAGCGGACGCCAAGUAGUAGUCGAUUUGGGGCUGGAGUUCGUGAGAACAAGGUUGCCUAUCUUCUCUUCUACCAGAAGAUCUAGAGAUCGACAACAUAACACCUCAAUCGUGCCUUCCCGGCCCUUUAAAGCCCAAUCCUCAAACUGCUCGACCCCACAUCCUCCACACCAACCAUAUAUCUCACUCAUCCCUCCACCCCAACUAGCUAAUCCCUUCCCCCCGCCCUCCCCCCUUCUCCUUAAGCUCUUCUUUCUCAUCAAUUAUUUGCAUCCAUCCAUCCCGAUACUUAUUUAUAUGAGCCAAUUCCCAAGCAGCGCACACAUCCUACAUAGGCAAUGAAUAUGAUUUCGUAUUACAUCCUAAAUAUUGAUGCCGAUGACGGUGAUGACAAUGUUGAUUGGGGGAACUUCGUCGUAUAUUGAUUGGGUGUUGUUUGAUGAAAGCAAGAGACAAGGGAAAAGAAGAGAAGCAAAUGGAACGCAUAAUAUGAUAUAUACUUUUAUUUUUGCUCCCUAAAAUUUAUACAUAUAAUUUUCCCGUUUCUUUAUAUUAAUUAGUAUUUUCCUGCUCUAACUUAAUGCUUUUGUGUAUUGCUUUCCUAAUGAACUAACAUGUAUAUGUUGUUGAUUGGCAACAGAUAUGGAGGCAGAUACAUGUUGCAAUGCUUUUUGUAUUGGUGGACACAUCCUCCUUGCAUCUCUCA